AUGCCUCAGGAUAUGCCCCCAUCGGGGGGCUACGGGCCAGUCCAGUAUAAGCGAAACAUCCCCGCCCGCGGAUUCCGCCCCGUCUACUACCUCCUCGGAAUGCACAUGUUCAUGGCCUACGGCAUGUACAAGCUCUUCUACGGUAUCCGCGAACAAAACGAACUCGCCCGUGAGAAGAUCUGGGGCCGUCUCCACCUGGUCCCUCUCCUUCAGGCCGAAGAAGACCGUGACCAGGUCCGUCGCUACUACGCCGACAAGGCCCGUGAGAAGGAGCUCCUCGGAUCCGAGACCAAGGUCUACAACUCUGACCGCUUCGUCCGCCCUACUUACGCCUACAUGCCGUCCAAGGUCACUCAAUAA